AUGAAGAACAAGAAACUGUUCAGGAGACGAUGCGGAAACGGAUUGUUCACCUUUAUCAUGGUCCAUGGCCGAGUUGGUCUAAGGCGCACGGUUCAGGUUAACCUGAUCCCGAUGGUAUACAACUGUCUCCGUGUCUCGCAAGAGGCGUGGGUUCAAAUCCCACUCUUAUCAUAUGACCAAAACUCUAUGCUUCGAGUGAAGCUAUUUUUAUCAUGCACAGGAUCCCUGGGAAGGAGACUUCGUCUCGUUGAAUUCACCUUUCUGAAGAAGAGACGUAGAAUUACUCGGAGGACCAAAGCCAAGAACAGAAAAACUAAUGCCCUUGGCUGGGUCUCAGAUGAGCGUGAGCUUGAACGGUGCAGGGCAGUCAUCCAGAGCAUCAAGGAUGGUUUGAUGGAACAUUCAAGCACUAAGAUGGAGAAAACUGCGGGAGUUUACCAUUUUCGUUUCGAUGAUCAUGAGGAAGAUGCGUAA